GAAACGACGAAAUCUCCAUAGCGAUCACAAGGCAACAAAAUGGCGUCGAGUGGAGAAACGGAGAAAUACUACCUUGAAAAGGAGAAAAUAGCCAUUGACUCUGAUGAAGAGUACACUUAUGAGGAAGUUCCUGUGGAUGAAGACUUUCUGGCAGCUGAUCUCCAUGAAGACUUGGACCUAGCCGUGCAAACCAUUCAGGAUGUGGAAGAUGACAAGCAAGCAGGGAUUAAGAAGGACGCUGUCCCUCGCUCCUCUGUUACCAAGCGUGAAGAGGUUGUGGAUGACUAUGUGCGUAACUUUUUAGUACGCAUGGGGAUGAACAGGACACUUGAUUGCUUCCAGACAGAAUGGUAUGAGCUCCAACAGAAGGGGCUGCUACAUGAGGAGGAUGUUGGUGUGGUACCUGACAUUUAUCUGCGUAACCAGGAUCUUGACAAUGAAGUCAAGUUCCUUAAACAGGAGGUCACCAAGUACAGAGAGGCUGCCAUGAAAGCCAAGGAAACAUAUGUGAAACUGAGGAAAGAAAGGGACUACCAUAGAAUGCACCACAAGCGAGUUGUUCAGGAGAAAAAUAAGCUUAUAAGUGACGUUAAAAGACUAAAGCGUCACUAUGCCCAGUAUGAGCCCACUUUGCAACAACUGAAGAAGAAGUAUGAGGUUGCUAUGAAAGAGAAGAUGUUGUCUAAGCUGGAGAAAGACAGAGCUGUUGGCCAGGUCACAGGGUUACAGAGCACACUUAAGUCCAUGGAGUCUUUUAAAGGUGGUUCAGCCAAGCAAAGCAACGGUAAAAUGGGAUCAGGAGAGCGACGUAACUGGCCGGUGGAUAAUGAGGGGCGUGGCCCCACACAGAAAACCCUGGCCCAGGAGCACAGUCGCACAUCGUUGCAGGAUGUGCAGAAGAUUCCUGAGGACUACAAACGCCACCCAGAUGACUCUGUGUUCCCUGCAGACACAGGUGUGAAUCCCUUCCUGGCACAGAUCAAGGCACCAACUGGUCAUUUGUCAAGGGCUGGAGGAUUCCGACUGUCCAACACAUUCCAGGCCCAUUCCCAUCCUAUCAGCGAUGUUGCCUUACACCCACGGAAACAAAUUCUGGCCACCAGUAGUGAUGACCAUACGUGGAAAAUGUGGGCAGUGCCGAGCGGUGACAUCAUCAUGACGGGAGAGGGCCACACAGACUGGGUGUCGGGGUGUGACUUCCAUCCGUCUGGAUCUAAACUAGCAACAUCUAGUGGUGACUCUACAGUAAAAAUCUGGGACUUUUCCAAGGCCGAAUGUGUACAUACUUUCACUGAUCAUACACAUGCAGUAUGGGGAUGUUCGUGGCAUACUUGUGGAGACUUCCUUGCUUCCUGUUCUAUGGACAACACAUCCAAAGUUUGGGACCUUAACAGCCUGCGAUGUCGUUACACCAUGCGCGGCCAUGCUGACUCUGUCAAUAGUAUAGAAUUCCUACCCUACUCAAACACACUACUCACUUGCUCUGCUGAUAAAACAAUAUCUCUGUGGGAUGCAAGAACGGGUCUUUGUGCACAGACAUUCUACGGUCAUAUGCAUUCAGUUAAUUAUGCUUCAUUCAACCUCAGAGGAGACACAGUGGGGUCAUGUGAUUCCUAUGGUAUUGUGAAACUGUGGGAUAUCCGCGCUGUUGCCCCUAUGGUCAGUUUUGAUACUGGACCACACCCAGCCAACAGAGUGUCCUUUGACCCUUCAGGUUCAGUCAUGGCUGUGGCAAGCAAUGAUAGCACUGUCAAGAUGUAUGAAAUCUCCAAUGGCAGAGUGAGCCCUCUGAUUGGACAUGAGGAUGCUGUCCAGUGUCUGAUAUUUGACCGUAGUGGGGAGUACAUGGUGUCUGGAGGUAGUGACUGCACGGUCAGAAUCUGGUCAUAAACUGACAUGACAAUCUCACAAACAUUUUACUGGCUGUUAAAUCAACAGAACAGAUGUAGAAACCUGUGUCAAAAUUAUUUACCCUAUAGUACAUGUCAACUGCUUAUGUUCUAUUACAUGGUAUUUUAUCAGUUCUGACUUUAGUCUUUACUGCUAGCUAUCAUUAGUAAUAUCUACAGGUUAAUGAGGAAAGAGACAGAUUUGUGUUGCAUAUAUUUUUGCCUAUGAUAAAGGCAUUAGAUUAAAAUUAAAGUAUGUGGGCAUAUCUUAAAAUGGCAAAACACAUCUAUAUUCAAAGCAUUUUUUUUUACUUUCUGCUUAUUAAAAAGCUGAAUGAUCUGAGAUAAAGUAACUGCAUCACUAUUGAUCAGAAUACUAACCAUGGCUACGUAAACUAAAACUUGGUAGUAUCAACAUGGAAUUUAGGGUUGGUACACGAAGAAAUGUAUUACUGGGCACUGCUGUAUCCAUCUUUCCUACAGUGAAAAGGUCCCACACACUUUUGUAUGCAAAUUUUGUGUAUCUUGAUUUUCUGCUUCAGAAUCGAACAAGGUAUUGUGUAGGAUAAAUUAUGUUUAUCAGUUGUUGGUUUCUGUAUAAUUUACUCGUAACUUAUUAAAGAAUCUUCAUUGGACACAGUGCUGUUAGAUAAUUAUUAUGAUACUAUAAUGUGAUAUUUUGAAAGUUUCCAAUAAAUGUUUUAUAAAGAAUG